GCAUGUGGCAGCCAUUGCCGCAGCUACUUCCGGGAAAGACACGUGGAGCCGGCGCGGCGCGGCGCGGGUCCGAGGAUGCCCGCUGGCAAGGGGCAAGCACCAAGUGUCCUGCGGCCAGUGAAGACCGGCAGGCUGGGGCAGAAGGAGUCGGAGGGCCGGCUCCUGGAGUACUACUAUGCCAAGCGGGACCCGUGCUGUGCCCGGUCCAAAGCCCAGCCGUGCCUCCAAGCGGAGGCUGACAGUCAGGCCUUGCAGAUUCAGACUAAGAAGAAGAGCCGGAAGCACCAGCGGUUUAUGAAGCGCAGGGCUCUGCUGGAGCAGAGGGGGCUCCUGGGGCCCAAGCUGGGACAAAAGGUCCAGCCAGUUAUACUCCAGCUGCCAGAAGCAGAUAUGGCACAGGAGCCACUCGCCAAGAAAACCGGCAGCUGUGGGCAGCCAGCAUCCGUGGUGCAUGAGCAGCCUGCAGGAGAAACCCAUGCCAAGCUCACCAAGUGGAAGCAGGUGCGGUCACAGGCUGAGUCGGACAGUUCUGAGGGUCCAGCAGGGCAGCGCCUCCUCUCACCACCCCAGGACUUGGCAUGCAGAUUAUCUUUGCCUGGGAGCUCCAAGUCAGGCAGAGUUUCCUUGUCCUGCUCACUCCAGAGACCUUGGAAAUAUGUAGCCAUUGACUGCGAGAUGGUGGGCACGGGUCCUGGUGGGAAGCUGAGCGAGCUGGCACGAUGCACAGUGGUCAGCUACAACGGAGAUGUUGUCUACGACAAAUAUAUCCGGCCGGAGCUCCCCAUUGUGGACUACAGGACUCGGUGGAGUGGGAUCACCAAGCGGCACUUGCAGAACGCUACCCCAUUCAAAGCUGCGCAGAGAGAGGUCCUGCAGAUCCUGAAAGGCAAGAUCGUGGUGGGCCAUGCCAUACAUAAUGACUUCCAAGCCCUCAAAUAUUUUCACCCCAAAGAGCAGACUCGAGAUACCAGUCGGAUCCCUUUGCUGAACCAGAAGGCAGGAUUCCCCUUGAAAGCCAGUGUCUCUCUCAAGAGUCUGGCGCAGCAGCUGCUUCAUACAAAAAUUCAGGUUGGCCGGAGGGGGCACUCAUCAGUGGAAGAUGCUCAGACAUCCAUGGAGCUCUACAGACUGGUGGAGGAGGAGUGGGAGCAGAAACUUGCCAGCAGCCUUCCUCACAGUUUCCCUAGCAGCCCUACAGACAGUAAUACAGACAGCAACCACUACCUGGACGACCAAUACUGGCCCACGGACCUGAACAUAGACUGCAUUUGAUGUUAGAGACCAGGCAUUUCUCCUUAAGGUGCUUUGAGGUGUUCUCAGUCCUUCAGCUUUUAAGCUGAAACCAGUUGUUGGCUUCUAUUUAACACGCCCCCCC